AUGAGUACAAGUCCAUCAUCUCGUAAUCAUACUAAAAAGAUGCAUAAAAAUACAAAUAUGAAUGCACCUACGAAACAUCAACAACAACAGCAACAAUCAUCAUCAUCAUCAUCAUCUUCAACAUCAUCAGCUUUUCCACGUUAUUUACCUCAUGCUCUUUUAUUACGUGCUACUGAACGUUAUCAACGUACACCAAAAUGUGCACGAUGUAGAAAUCAUGGUGUUGUAUCAGCAUUAAAAGGUCAUAAACGUUAUUGUAAUUGGAAAGAUUGUACUUGUGCUAAAUGUACACUUAUUGCUGAACGACAGCGUGUUAUGGCAGCACAAGUUGCUUUACGACGACAACAAGCCCAAGAAGAAAAUGAUGCUCGUGAAUUAAGUGCUAUUUAUGGAACACCACCAGAAGCUAUUUUAGCAUUACGACGAUCACUUAAUGCAACUGCUGAAGGUUUAGCAACAACAUCAACUGUAUUAGAUGAUGAAGAAGGUGAUACAAGUAAUGAUGAAGAUAAUUCAAAUGAUGUUGUUACUGUUGAAAAAAAUUCAACAUAUAACGGAAUGAAUGGUAAAAAUGGUGGUGGUGGUGGUGGUGGCCGUGAUGAUGAUGAUGAUGAUACAAAUAGCAAAAGUCCUCAUCCAUCAUCACCAUUAGAUAAUCAUUCAACAAAAUUGGCAUCAGCUUCACCACUUGCUGUUCGAUCAACUGAUGACUUAGGUUCUGGUCGUCAUUCAUCACCUAUUUCACCUUCAUCAUCACCAAUAACAAAAGAAACAAUGACAAAUCAACAAGCACAACAAUUUUUUCCUCUUCCAUCAAAUGAACAUGAAAUGUCUGAAGCUGUUAAACGUGUUAUUGCAAGUGUUUAUUCAGAAGCAACUAAAUCAGCUUUUAGUCCAAUAAUGGCAUCAUCUUAUUUAAAUCAUCAUCAUCAUCAUCAAAAUCGUCUUUAUGCUGCACCUUAUCCUCCACCUCAUCCACUUUAUUUUCAUCAUGCACCUCCACCACCAAUCCCAUCAUCAGCAUCUAUGAGUAUUCUAUCACGUACAACAUCAUUAGCAGCUGUACCAAGACAUCAAUCUCAUCAUCGAUGUAUAUUACCAUUUUGUACAUGCAAACUUGUUGCACCACCACCAUCAUCAUCAUCAACAACUAAUUGA